AUGAGCGGUGGUCCACACAUGACCAUGGAGCAGGUGAAGCGAACCUUCCAACCCUGCAAACUCUACGACGGCAGCGAACGCCACGUGAUGGUGGAACUGGAUGGGGAGAUGGAGGAGGUGGAGAUUGACCCCAAAGAGGCAGACCUUCUUGGCUUUCGCUGCCAGAGUGCUAAUCAAUGA